AUGUCAGACGAAAAAGAUCUUUUGGAAAAAAAUUCAGACAUACCCGAUGGCGGAUUCGGUUGGUGCGUCGUCCUGGCGUGCUUUAUAUAUUCAAUGACCUGUUGGGGCGCUAAUGCCAGUUAUUCCAUAUAUCUCGAGCACUAUCUCAACGAUGACGUUUUCAAGGGCGCAAAUAAAUUAGAUUUUGCCGCCAUUGGUGGCAUAACUUUCGGAUCUGGUCUCAUGUUCGCACCGGCGGUUAUAUAUCUUUACCAUCGGUUUGGAGUUCAAUUUGUUAUUGCAAUGGGGGCAGUUUUUCAGGGCGUUUCUCUCAUGCUAGCAGCAUUUUCUGUCAAGCUUUGGCAAAUAUACUUGACUCAAGGUGUCCUUCUUUCGUUCGGACUUGCUUUCAUAUAUAUUCCAAGCCUUAUAUUGCUUCCACAUUGGUUUGAAAAGAAGAGAGCACUCGCUAUGGGCAUAGCAGCCAGCGGAAGUGGUGUCGGUGGAAUCAUUUUUAACCUCGGUAUUCAAGCGAUAAUCGAAGCGAAAAACAUCAAAUGGGCUCUAAUCGCGCAGUUCGUCAUUUGUAUGACUUUGAAUAGUAUAGCACUGCCCUUGUCGCGCAUUCCUCGUAGAACGAGCCGCCAGAGAGUGAAGUUUUCACAGUUCUGCGACAGAGAAUUUUUAAGCAAUGCCGGCUUGUGGCUACUUCUGGGAUGGGCCUUUUUCACUAUGCUAGGGUAUGUGGUGGUUCUUUAUUCGCUUUCCGCGUUCACUGUUAGUCUGGGUUACUCGCCGAGGCAGGGAUCUUAUGUUGAAUGUGUUACCAGUAUUGGAUGGGCUGUUGGAAGGCCUGUUGUGGGAUACAUGUCUGAUCGCUGGGGAACCUUGACAAUAGGAGUCUGGGUUCAUUUGUUUAUGGCAAUUUUAUGCUGGAGUAUGUGGAUUCCGUGCCGCAAUUUUGCGACUGUUAUUGCAUUCGGUCUCCUGCAAGGCGUUUUCAUGGGCACAAUCUGGGCUACAAUUGGGUCGGUCACCGCUCGAGUAGUAGGAUUACGCCGGAUGACGUCGGCAUUUUCUUUGUUUUGGAUUUCGGUCGCUGUAGCCGGACUCGUAACACCUGUCAUUGGACUCAAGCUUGUCGAGGGCAGGGGUUCUGAGGCGUAUAAAUGGACAGCUGUGUUUAGUGGGUUUGGAUAUUUUGGCGCGUCGCUUUUCCAAUACAUUCUACGAGGCUAUUUGAUAGCGCAAGAUACUGAAGGACUGCUGGGUGAAGGCCAAUCUACUUCGAAGUUUGCUAGCGUUGUCAAAUCAUUACAUUGCUUCAAGGGACUGCCUCGCAAAGUAUAA